AGUGAAGACGAGUACAGCUACAACUCACAUCGGUCGCUCUCCGGCUCCAACAGUCCGCACACGCCACUAUCGUCUGUCGCACGCACUCACCAUCGUCAGUUUUGUCAGCCCACACGCCGUAAGCACAUAAUUAUACCCUCACCACCAGGGUGGAGAACGAAAACUAAGGAACCCGGCCGACCAUAUAAUACGUACACCUAUGCAGUCGCCAUGUAAAGAUUUGACGGACUGACUGAUAUGAUAUCAAUAAAUGUAUUCCAGUAUUUUUCAUUGAAGUCGCAUAAAACUCGAGACAUUUAAGUACAACUCAAUAAGCGUUCAUUACAUUGAAUCGGUGUACGGGCUUCGGAUGACAGAUAGUCCGGCCGGAGACAUGAGACGGAUUCGUCGUCGGAAUGAUUGACGAUACGGCGGCGAAUGGCACGUAGAAGAAACGUCCGGAAAAAUUGACAGUAAGGGAAAAAACCACGGUGCCGGGUUCGACGGAUCGCCGAGCAUAGAUUCGAGGGGAGAGAGAGAGACUCGGAAAAAAAGAAUAUCAUUAUAUUGGCCAUCGCAUUGGAAUCCGCACGGAGAGAAACGAAACGGGUGAGAACGAUCGGCUGACGGAAAAAUCGGCGGUAGGGGGAAAACCCUCGGUGUCGGGUACGACGGACCAUAGAUUCGAGGGGAGGGAUAGACUCGGAAAAAAGAAUAUCGUUGUGUAUUAAUUUUCAUCGCAUUCGAAUCCGCACGGAGAGACGUGAAACGGGCGAAAAACGGUCGGCUGAGAUGGCAAACGGAAGUGGCGGCGGCGGCGGCGGCGGCGGGUUCGAGGCACUACAAAACGUGGCGCCCAACGUGUUUCCGCCCAUAUACAUACCGGCCGGGCCCGGGUCAAACGGCUCGAACGCCAUCAACUACAGCGAGGCCAUCGAGCGAGAAUACGUCGAGGACUACGUUUUCCAGUCCGCUUUCUCGUUCGUCUAUCUGCUCAUAUUCACGCUGGGCGUGUUCGGCAACGUGCUCGUCGUGUACGUCGUGUGGGCCAACAAGCACAUGCGCACCGUCACCAACAUAUUCAUCGUCAACCUGGCCGUGUCCGACAUCAUGCUUUGCGGGCUGGCCGUGCCGUUUACACCGCUCUACACCUUCACUGGCCAUUGGAUGUUUGGUGAGAUAUUCUGCCACAUAGUUCCAUAUGCCCAGGGUACCAGCGUGUACACGUCCACGUUGACGCUGACGUCUAUCGCCAUCGAUCGGUUCUUCGUCAUCAUCUACCCGUUUCAGCCGAGAAUGACCAUAUGGACCACGGCGCAAAUAAUCGCCACCAUAUGGAUAUUCUCGUUGGUAGCCACACUACCAUACGGCAUUUACAUGGCGAACAAGGAGAUGUAUGGGAAAGAUUUUUGCGAGGAGACGUGGCCGCAAGAGACGUUCAGAAAGAUUUUCGGUGCCAUUACCGCCAUCCUACAGUUUGUCCUACCGUUCCUGAUCAUAGCGUUCUGCUACGUCCGAGUGUGGCUAAAACUUAACGACCGGGCCAGAUGCAAGCCCGGCACAUCGACGAAGAACGCAAGGCGGGAAGAAGUGGAGCGCGAGAGAAAGAGCCGGACUAACAGGAUGUUGAUAGCCAUGGUGACAAUAUUCGGCGUGUCUUGGCUUCCGCUGACCGCCAUAAACCUGCUGAACGAUUUCUAUCUGCAGACUGCCAUGUGGACACACUACUACCUGUUCUUCUUCUCUGCUCAUGCCGUGGCCAUGAGCUCCACGUGCUACAACCCGUUCCUAUACGCGUGGCUGAACGAGAACUUCCGGAAAGAGUUCAAACAGGUGUUGCCUUGUUGGCGCAACGGUUCCGGGUACGGCGCGACUGGGGCAGACGUGGGCCAGGGACGCAGGGGCAGAGUCGGUGGAUACCGGUCCGAGAGGACGUGCAACGGCAACGACACGUGCCAGGAAACGCUGUUGCCAACGUCCAUUGUGCUGCCGUCCGGCCGAACCACCGCCACUACGGACUGCACCGGCUUGGAUCUCGUGGACGGAUUGAUGAUGGGCGACCAAGAUGACAAUCAGGAUGCAGUCGAAGUGAUGUUGGUUGCGUACACGCGUGAGGACGGUAUUACUGGUCGUUCUAGUAAUUUACAACAAAACUCCAUUAAAACCGAAGUGUAAACAUCUCAAUGAACAUUUAUCAAGACACUAAUGAUGAUUCAAUACGAUUGCAAUUUCCGCCACAAACUACUUUACGCCUAGCCCAAAAAUAUAAGACUAAUAGUUGCCUAAGAAACAUUAUAUAGAUGUAAUUAAAAUGUUAAUACUAAAUUUACUAUUCAUAAUUCUUAUUCAAAAUUAUACUUAAAUGUAAUAUGUAUAGCGUUUUGAUCAAUUAACUGUGCAUGUGAUGUGUAUAAAUGAAAGUAUAUUUAUUACCACUUUCUACCAAUAUAAUAUAAUACUGUUGUGUAUACAUAUAUAUAUAUAUUACUAUUAUUCUUCAUACCUAAUAAUGUGUUUAGUAAAUUAAAAUGUUAAUAAUUUUACUAUAGUUAUGUGCUUUUAAAAUAUUCAUAGUUGUAGUGUUAAGAUUUAAUAUUGUUCAAACGUAUUUGUAUGAAUAUAAUAUAUAAUAUUAUAAUACACCUAGCGUAAAUAAGAGAAAAAAAAUGAUAAAACUAAUUUUUAAGUUGUAACUAUGUUUUUAAAAUAAUUUUAAGCAAAACAAUAAUUGUUGUAGUGUAUAAUGUGAUUCGACUUUUGUUUUAUAUUUCUUAAUUUUUGUUACCUAAUAUGUUUGUGCCACGCAAUUCAUGUAAUGAGCCCACAUGUUUUGUGUCGUACAAACUAUUGUUGAUUAAUAUAAUUUAUCCUCCGCCUUUUUUUUUUUUUUUU